AUGAUGACUAUGAGCUCUAUAUCGGACACUUUAGUCCCGCCUGAUCCUUCCAAAUCGGCGUUUUUGGAAUUCGGCGGCCACAGCUACCCCGGACAUCCCGGACACCAGCAGCCCUCCCCCGGCUUGUCGCACAACCAUUACCCGGUCCACGGUCUGCACGCCGUGGGCCCCUCGCAGCAUGACGGGCCCUUCUCCUCCGGUGCAUCAUCGUACGGUCGCCCGCUGGGAUACCCGCCCUACCACAGUCCCGUAAGCGCGCACCACCCCGGGGCGUACCUGCCCUACCAGCACGGGGGUCACGGCGGCGCGCUGGGACACACCAGACUGGAGGAUGCGGAGCACGACAAGCCCACAGCGGUCAUUGAGAACGGGGAAGUGCGGCUCAACGGAAAGGGGAAGAAGAUCAGGAAGCCGCGGACCAUCUACUCCAGCCUGCAGCUCCAGGCACUCAACCAGCGCUUCCAGCAAACCCAGUACCUCGCCCUGCCCGAGAGGGCCGACCUGGCCGCCAAACUGGGCCUGACGCAGACCCAGGUGAAAAUUUGGUUCCAAAACAAACGAUCCAAAUACAAGAAGAUCAUGAAGAACGGACCCUGUGGACCUGAGGGAGACCACCUGGCCCCCCCACCGCCGUCCUCCUCCUCUCCGUGCUCCCUGUGGGACAUCAGCAUGGCUGCCAAAGGCGCGCCGGUGCACUCUGGAGGAUACAUGAACAAUUUUGGACACUGGUACCCCGGACACCAGCAGGAGUCCAUGCCGAGGACUCAGAUGAUGUGA